AGAGAGAGGGAGUGUUAGAGAGAGAGGAGUGUGAGAUCCGGUGUGUGAAGGUAUGUGUAGUGGACGGAGUUCUGGACAGUGAGGAGUUCUGCAGUGGUCAUGGCCGAACUCUAACAGUGGAUUUGUUUAUUUGUUUAUUUUGUUCGGAGGAGAAACAGCUCAGGUCCAGCGAUGGAUAUCGGUGGGCUGGAGACGGUGGUGGCUAAUUCGGCCUAUGUGUCGGCCCGCGGGAGCGUAGAUGGCGCUGCUGCGGCAACCAUGCGGGACAAGAAGUACCGAGCCAAGCUGAACCUGCCCCACAUCAGGCAGUGUGAGCACAUGAAGGCCACGGUGGACUCGACCUUUGACAGCAUGUGCGUCCGACAGCCCAUCGGCAAGCGGCUCUUCCAGCAGUAUCUGGCCAGCGAGGCUGCCCACAAGGCAGCUGGAGAGUUCUGGAAAGACAUGGAGGACUACAACACGGCGCAGGAGCAGGACCGCGCCCAGAAAGCACAGAAAAUGGUCAACAAGUACUACGAGUCGAGCUCCAAGAACUUCUGCAGCUUCCUGGAGGAGAAGGCUGUGAGCAGAGUCAAGGAGGACGCCAAGAACGUCCGGGGAGACCUGUUCAAAGAGAGCGAGCAGCAGCUGCUGAAGCACAUGGAGGCUAAAGCGCUGGCCGGCUUCAAGAGCAGCAUGUACUUCCUGCGCUAUGUCCAGUUUAAGUGGCUAGAGAGCCAGUCGGUCACCGAGGACUGGUUCAUGGAGUUUCGGGUGCUGGGCAAAGGCGGGUUCGGGGAGGUGCACGCCUGCCAGAUGAAAGCCACGGGGAAGAUGUACGCCAACAAGAAGCUGAACAAGAAGAGGUUGAAGAAGCGUAAAGGCUAUGAUGGUGCUAUAAUUGAGAAGCGGAUUCUGGCGAAAGUCCACAGCCGUUUCAUCGUCACGCUGGCGUACGCCUUUCAGACCAAGACUGACCUCUGCCUGGUGAUGACUAUCAUGAACGGAGGUGACCUCAGGUAUCAUAUGUAUAAUGUAGAUGAGAAGAAUCCAGGCUUUAAUGAGAACAGAGCCUGUUUUUAUACAGCUCAGAUUAUCUGUGGUCUCGAGCACCUGCACCAGCACAGGAUUGUCUACAGAGACCUCAAACCUGAGAACGUUCUGCUGGACGAUGCAGGACACGUUCGUCUGUCAGAUCUCGGCCUGGCUGUGGAGCUCCCACCAGGAAAAGACAAAACCAAAGGAUACGCAGGAACACCAGGGUUCAUGGCUCCAGAGCUGCUGCAGAGUAAGGAAUAUGAUUACACAGUGGAUUAUUUUACUCUGGGAGUGACGUUGUAUGAAAUGGUGGCAGCUAAAGGACCUUUCAGAGUUCGAGGAGAACAGGUGGAGAACAGUGAGGUGACCCGGCGGAUUCUAAACGACCCCGUGUCCUACCCCUCCACCUUCAGUAAGGAGCUGAAGGACAUCUGCGAGGGUUUGAUGGAGAAAGAUCCAGAGAAGCGGCUCGGCUUCAAGAACAAUGACUGUGCCGAGCUGAAGAACCAGCCGUUCUUUAAAGAGCUCAACUGGGGACGGCUGGAGGCGGGGAUGCUGCUCCCUCCGUUUGUUCCUGACCCUAAGAUGGUGUACGCUAAGAACAUUGAUGAUGUGGGAGCGUUCAGUACGGUGAAAGGUGUGGUGAUUGACAGUAAAGAUAACGAGUUUUAUGAAGAUUUUGCUACAGGAAACAUCCCGAUCCCCUGGCAGGAGGAGAUGAUCGAGACCGGGGUGUUCGGAGAGCUCAACGUGUGGGCCGAAAACGGGAAACUGCCCAAUGACCUCGACCCCAACUACGUAGAGUCUAAAGGAGGAGGAUGUGUGCUGCUGUAAAAGAGAGAGAGAGAGAAAUAGAAAGAGUGGAGAACAGACAGAGAGAUAUACACAAAGAGAAAGAAACAGAGAGAGAGAGAUGAAUGUGACUGUAUGAAGCCUUUUAAAAUGACAGUCUGUGUUUGGACUGAAACCCUGUGACGCUUCUCGUCGUCCACUGAACUCCACAGACACAUAAACCAGCUCUGUGUAAAUGCAGUUUAGCUGUUCAGCUCU